GAAAUAAAAAGCGGGAAAACAAUCCAACAAAGUACCGUGACCCGGCUCUGUACAUGGCAAUGUUCACCAUGCUCACAGUUCCCACAGAAAAUGAAGAUGAAGUUUUUGGAUUUGAACUCGUGUUGUCAAGACCACUCACGUCCUACAUAAAAAUGAAGAACAAUGAGAACCAGGUAAUCUGGUUAUUACAGAAAUGUAGAAGGAAGGCAAGUGAUAGUCAUGGUUACGCAACAUUCCAGGACUUCCUGGACAAUCAGCAGUAUUCAGCAAAUGGUGUUCUACGAUAUGAGAAAAUCUUCGGUAGAACGUUUGUGAGCACUGGCGGACUUGAUACAACAAAGGAAUUUGUAUCACAGUUAGAUCUAAAGCCAGGACAGAUUGUGUUAGAUGUAGGAUGUGGUAUAGGGGGCAGUGCCUUCUACAUGGUCAAGGAGUUUGGUGUUAGAGUUGUAGCAAUAGAUUUAUCAUCUAACAUGAUCAACAUUGGGUUAGAACGAGCCAAGGAAGUGGGGGUGUCUGAAGAAGAAGUACAGUUUGAGAUUGCCGAUGCUACAAGACGGGAAUAUAAACCCGAGUCAUUUGACGUUAUAUAUAGUAGAGACACUAUUCUACAUAUAGCUGAUAAACUUGCAUUAUUUAAACAAUUCUUUAAAUGGUUGAAGGUAGGGGGCAAGGUAUUCAUCUCAGAUUAUUGUUGUAGCGAUGGUGAACAUUCGGAACAUUUCAGAUCUUAUGUUAAACAGAGAGGAUACAAUCUACUAUCACCUAGGAGAUAUGGGGAGGUUUUGGAAGCUGCUGGAUUCUCUAACGUAAAAGCUCAAGACAGGACAGAUUUAUUUGUACGAAGUUUAGAAAAAGAAUUGGUUGUGGCAGAAAGUGUUAAAAAAGAAUUCCUUCAGGAAUUUUCUCAAGAAGAUUUUGAUUAUAUUGUAAAUGGAUGGAAGGAUAAACUAAAUCGUACAACUGACCAGCGAUGGGGUGUUUUCUAUGGGGAGAAACACUGAAUUAUAUCUAAUGUUAUAUAGACAUAGUUAAUGGUGUUCAGCAAUGACAAGAGACCAUUAUUAAGACAUAUCAAAGGGCUUAAGGCACCUAGUCCUGGAAUUGAAUAUGCUGUUGAACAAGAUUUUUUCUGAAGGCUUGGGUGAGAGAUUUGAAUUUUUAACAACAUGAUGCAAAUAUUUUUUCUGUUUCUCUCAAUGCCUGCGUGACAUUUAUAAGCACUUCGAGGAGAAAUACGGUGAUUGUUUUUAAACAGUGAUUUUUUUUAAUGAUGGAAAAACCUGAAGUUUUUAAAGUGAUAUAAUAUUAUAUUUUUUUAUUCUUAAAUUGCUCAUUUUUAUGUGAUAGAAGGAUAUACCUACGUCUUGGUAUAUUUUCCAGUUUUAGGUCUGACUUUUUACUACACAAAUGUUUGUUCUAUUUAUAAUAUUUGAAAGGUGUAAUUAUGUUGUUGUUUUUUUUGUCAAUUAUUGCAAAUUGCCCCUAAUUUGGGUCGUCAACUUUGAUUUGCUAUUUAUUUGUUUUGAGUAUAAAAUAAACAUACAUCUUGUUUAUUCUUCUUCUUUUUUAAAGAAGUUGAUUGUUGAAUGUGUAAUUUUUGUCAAUAAUAUUGCAAAAUGUCUGUAUUUGGGUUGAUUGUCUGUAUUUGGGUUGAUUUAAAAAAAAUGUUUGUUUAUUAAGAUAU